AUGCAGCAGGCCUCUUACCUUGCCUUCAACUCCCCGUCUACGAUGUGCGCUGCAAGGGUCACUCGUCUGAAAUGGACGGUACCCCCGGCUGCCCUAGCUGCAUACACUGCGGGGGAAUUGUCCCACCCCAGAAAAUCAAGAGCUCAAUUCACUACUUCUCAAACACGAAACAGCAAUGACUCGGAGUCUAAUAAUUCCAAUGCGGGUUCAGAUGGUGGUGAGGAUGCCAAGGACCAUGGAUCCAUCUGGAACAAGCUUGAUGGGGUUAAGCAAACUGUUACCUCCGGCGAGUGGGCAGAUGUGGGACACAUCACAGACUACAUUAUCCCGGACUGGACAAAAUUUCUACCAGCUACUGCCCAAAAGCUCCAACGAGAGCUCUCACUAUCGCCAGGCUCAUUAGCAGACGAUAUCUGGAAGGAGGCGCACGAUCCCCAUAUCAACCCUGAGAUUCUCCGUGAUGCCGAGGUACGAGUAAGUGGGGAUCUUUGCGACGAAGAACAGACAUUUAGGCGGCAGCGACAACGGAAGGUGGUCAAAGCAUUGUCAUCUUAUCUCAACAUACCCGAGGAGGACAUCCACCCCGAAGAUGUACCAGUCAUUGCGAUAUGUGGCUCGGGAGGUGGUCUGCGCGCUCUAGUUGCAGGAACUGGAUCGUACCUGGCAGCACAGGAAGCAGGGCUGUGGGACUGUAUUACCUACACAGCUGGUGUCAGUGGCAGCUGCUGGCUGCAGACCCUCUAUCAUUCGUCCAUUGCGCAGCGAGACUUCGACAAGCUCGUCGACCAUUUGAAGAAUCGUCUUGGUGUUCACUUUGCAUUCCCGCCGGAAGCUCUCAAUCUCCUCACUACUGCUCCAACAAACAAAUACCUUCUCAGUGGCUUUGUGGAAAAGCUGAAAGGCGACCCUGGAGCGGACUUCGGCUUGGUAGAUAUUUACGGAUUGCUGCUCGCAGCGAGACUGUUGGUCCCGCGAGGAGAACUGGGAGUUUCCGAUAUGGAUUUCAAGUUGUCGAACCAGCGAGCCAAUUUGGUAAAUGGGGCUCAUCCACUUCCCAUCUACACGGCCGUGCGACAUGAGAUUCCUGUUGAUGCUCUCAACCACUCAAACGACCAGGGCAAGAAGCAGCCAACGCCUGAACAGUUGGUGAAAGAGUCGCAAAGUGAAGCAUGGUUCCAGUGGUUUGAGUUCACCCCCUACGAAUUCUUUUGUGAAGAACUCAAUGCCGGUAUUCCCACCUGGGCUUUGGGACGUCAUUUCAACGCGGGCCGCUCCGAGAUUUCCGCUGACAACCUCCCCAUCCCGGAGUUGAGAGUUCCCAAUCUCAUGGGUGUCUGGGGUAGCGCUUUUUGUGCGACUUUGUCUCACUAUUACAAGGAGAUCCGGCCUCUGGUCAGAGGCCUGGCUGGAUUUAGUGGAAUCGAUUCUAUCAUCCAAGGAAAGAACCAAGAUUUGAUCAAGGUACAUCCCAUCGACCCUGCGGGUAUACCCAACUACGUCAUGGGCAUGAAAGAUCAGCUGGCCGAUUCUUGUCCAGAGUCGAUCUUCCGAAAUCCCCACCUGCGUCUUAUGGAUGCGGGAAUGAGCAACAACCUGCCAAUCUACCCACUCAUUCGACCUGGGCGCGAUGUCGAUGUAAUUGUCGCGUUUGAUGCCUCUGCAGAUGUCAAACAGGAGAAUUGGCUUUCUGUGGUCGAUGGAUACGCCAGACAACGUGGUGUGAAGGGUUGGCCCGUUGGUGCCGGAUGGCCUAAAAAUUCGAGCCUCAAGGAGACCGAGGAGGCCCUGCGCGAACCAGAGCACAUCACUGAGGAGCAAUUAACAAAGAAACUCGCCGAGGCCAAGAACAAGUCUGGAAAUCAGCCCGCUGAUCAAAAACCAAAGUCCGGCACAGACCUGGGCUAUUGCAACGUUUGGGUCGGCACCACGGAAGAGCGAACCUCGGACGAUGAGCCUCCACCAUCCAAACGCCUCUUUGAUUCUUCCCACAGCGAAGACCACUCUGAAUCCGAGUUUCACCUCAUGCGCCCAGAUGCCGGUAUCGCGGUCAUCUACUUCCCUUUGAUUCCCAAUCCUUCCGCACCAGACAUCCCUCUUAAGCCUAAAACUCGUCCGCGUGCAGCUGCUCAGUCCAUGCGACAGGAUAGCUCUCAAACCAAAGACCCGGAACUUCCCCUUGCUCCACAACCCAACUCGAUCGAUCCUGCAGUUGAUGAUUUCCUAUCGACUUGGAACUUCAUCUAUACGCCUGAGCAGAUUGAUUCCGUAGUUGGUCUUGCGAAGGCAAACUUUGCUGAGGGUGAAGAACAGACUCGCCGUGUUGUCCGUGCUGUCUAUGAGCGCAAGAAAUCCGAUCGACUGGAGAAGGAGGCGACAGAGCAUCGGAAGAAGAUGGAAGGCUUUGUGCCUCUAUGA